AUGUCAGGUUAUGUGACUGUUAAUCGUCUUUCACUCGUUCAAUUACAUAGUGAAGAACGUAAACAACAAGCUCAUUUAAAAAAAAUUGCUGAAAUGCAACGUCGCGGUGGUAUAGAUAAUCGUGAACCUGCAUAUUUUCCUCAUCUUAAUCAAAGUUUGAAUAAACAACAAAAGCAAAAAGUUAGAGAAAUUGCCAUAGAAAAUUCUGCUAAAUCAAAAAAAUUAAUCGAUAUCAUGCAAUCAAAAGCAGCUUAUCCACCACCACCACCAUUUCAUCUUAAAAAUUCAAAUCGUCGUCGUCCAACAUUAACUUCAUCACAAGAUAAUGGAGAUUAUGUUGAAAGAAUUUCAAAAGUAAAAGGCAUAUAUGAUGUACGUAAAUGGAAACAAGGCUUCGAAGAACAUAAAGAACACUUAAAAAUAAGUAAAAAUAAUAAAUUAUUUACACCACGUGAUAUCGGUAUUAAUCAACAACGAAUUCAAGUUAAUUCAGUAGCUAAUAGCAGAAGAUCAACAGUUUCAUCAUCGACACAUAAUAUGCAUCAUUCAUUUAACAAUAAUAAGUGA